AUGACAGGAGAGGACGCUGGCGGACCCUUGGGUGGGUUUUCUAAAGGCUGCGGUCUCGGUGAUCUCGAUAAGACCUACUGCGCAACAUGUUCCAUUCACACACCUAAUUAA